CGGAACCUCGGUUUAGGUGAAGACAUGGACCUCGCCGCGAAGGACUCUUACAUUCAGAAACUUGCAAGGAAAGUCAUUUCUCAGAGAGAGGAGCCAAAGAAGAAUGCUUUUGUUCAUUUCAAGGGUAAAAGUGACGCCGAUCCUCCAAGCAAGAAGAAAAAGAAACUAAAGAAGAAGAAUGUGAAAGAGAACAGCACUGAUAAGACUCCCAAACCCCAACAGAAGCCUAAUCCUACUCCAGCAGCUCCGAAAAGCCUUGGGAAGACAAAAUCAACUACUGAAAGUUUGAACGGAAGCACGUUGCACACACCUAAAGACACAAGCUUCUCCACUGUGGAUGCAUUGCGCAAAAGACUCCAUGAGAAGAUUGAAGAGUCCAGAGGGCAGGGAGCUCCACAGGAUGCAUUAUCAGAAGCCGUCAAGGCAAAGCGCGCAAAGCGAAAGAUGGAACGGGAGCGCAAGAAGAGGAAGAGGAAAGAGUUUCUGAUGAAGAAACUUGCAGAAGAAAGCGGUCAGGAACAGCCUGCGGAGAUAAAAGAAGAACCGAUUGCUCCUGCCGCGGAUAAAAGGGUGACAUCGGCUGUUGUUUUUAACAAAGUAGAGACGGUGGACAAGGGCUAUGAAACCAAAAUUCAGGCAAAAAUUGAGAAGAAAAGGGGCGAAAAAGGUAAAAUAACGCCACUGACUGGGAAGAACUACAAGCAGCUUCUGAGCCGAGUGGAGGCUCGCAAAGAGAAGCUGGAGCGGCUGAGAGAGAAGGACGAGGCGAAGGCUUCAGAGAUGGAAAACAAGAUCAAAUGGACCAACAUGCUCUACAAGGCCGAGGGCAUCAAGAUCAAGGAUGACGAAGACCAACUGCGCGCCUCUUUGAAGAGGAAGGAGAAGAGGCGUGCGCAGAGGAAGAAGAAGUGGAAUAAUCGAAGCGAGCACGUGAUUGAGAAGAUGCAGCAAAGACAGGACAAGAGGAGGAAGAACCUCCAGAAACAAAAGCAGAGUAAAAUGGAGAAGAGGAAGAACAGAGCGAGGAAGAAGGGCAGAGUGCUGCCCGAGGACUUGAAGAAAGCAGCAGUUUAGAGGAAGAGAAGCUCAGCAGUGAUAUACAGCGUGCUCCAUAAUAAAAUUGCAUUUUUGCAUGUGCUGAAUAUCAGUGAAAUCUUGCUGUGAAAUGUUUAUUUUAACAAAAGUAAAGGAGUUAUUGUCUAAAUAAAGCCUCUUUGCUUUUGUUUUGUCAUACUACAUAUACAUAUGUGUAUAAUAUUUCACAUGUACUUAAAAGUUUUGUUCUUGGGUUUCAAAAAUGUUCGAAAAUUAAACCUUAACAAAGUUGGCUUGUACAUAGUUGGCGCUCGACUGACUUCUUUUCUAAACCAUUUCAUUGUUGGUGAUAAAUAUUAAGUUUCCACUUGAAUCAAAUGUGCACAAGUCUGGAAGCUGCAGUGAAUCUCAAAAGUGUAAACAUUCCAAAUAAAUAAGUGAGACUUUGACAAAUUGUUUUUGAAAAUUGCCAUAAAAUUACCACAAGUUGAUAACUUGAUGUGGCAUUUAUUUAAGAGUUUUCUUAAUUCCUUCAUUGUGUCCCUUUUUUUUUUUUGUUUGUUCGGUCAGCCUGCUGUAGAACAAUCUGCCAUUACUUAAAUGUAAACUUUGUAUUUUAGAUGAUGAAAUAAUACAUUGAGAGCUCUAGAAAUGUAAGACCUGAAAAGUCUAUGAUUUCUAUGUGGAAGAUGUAUAGGAGGCCUGUGCUACACUUCCCAUAGCCAGCUGUUGGUGGUGUCAUUAAAGUGCUACACCAUCUCGUCUUCUGUGUUGGUGUAGCUGAAAAAAGUAAAAAGAAAAAAUGCUCACCGCACCUUUUAUUACUCAAUCUGGGAACUACUGUUGAACCUCUGGAUGGAGAUUAUUGUGCAAAGAAGGAUCCUUCAUAAAAUCAAAAAAAAUGAUGGGCAAUCUUGAGCAUCUUCUUUAUGAGACGGUCAUACAACAACAAAGCGUCUUCACUUGAAGACUUUAUGACAUCUUUAUAAAAGAAAAAAUGUGACUUCAUUUCCCUUGGGAUC